AUGAUUUUAUUUCUUUUUCGCAAUAACCAUAGAAACGAAUCAUUACUCCCAGUGACUGAAGUGAUAUACGCUGAUGAUUACGACCACAUCACAGAUGACAUCAACAAAAAGAAGAAAUUCAAUAACAUCAUAAAAGAAACUUUAGCUAAGGAUAAUUUGUUGGUAAACGAGACAAAAACAGAACACACAUUACUAGAAAGAAAGAAAAAAGUAAACAACGAAACAAAUGAACCGUGGAGACAUGUCAAGAAAUUGGGGUCAAAGCUAGGUAUCCAUGAAGAUAUAGCUAACAGAAAAGCAUUGUCAACAGCUGCCCUACAGAAAAUAAGUGAUGUGUGGAUUAAGAAAGAUAAAAUCAGUACUCAGCUAAAAAUCAGAAUCUAUCAAACUGUAGUCAAAUCCAUAUUAUUAUACAACUGUGGUACAUGGGGUUUGAACAAAAAUGAAGAAAAGAACAUGAAUUCCUUCCAUCGUCGACAACUUCGUCAAGUAUUAAACAUCAAAUACCCAGUAACAAUAAGGAACAAGAAGUUGUACGAAAUAUCAAAAACAAGACCUAUUACAUUGGAUAUAAUCCAAGCUCGAUGGAGGUUAUUUGGGCAUGUUCUCAGAUUACAGAAAGACACACCCGCUCAACUUGCUAUGAAUCACUAUUUUGAACAAUCGCAAGUAUCAAAAUUCAAAGGUCGUCAACGAAUUACGUUACCAAUCAGUUUAAACAAUGAUAUGAGAAGAGCAGUGGAAUCUGAUAACAGUUUUGCAAUAAAAUUUGGCGUCUCGCAAUUGAUUUCGAAACAUGACCUAAAGGUCUUAAGGGUAAUCGCUGAAGAUCGAAAUACAUGGAAGUCCCUUUCAAGACACAUAUAUAUUGCAGCUGAAGCAACUACUUAUACUGAAGAAAAUCUUACAGUAGAUGAUAGAAGCGAAGACAGCUGA